AUGACGGUCCGCACCCCAUCAAGCCUCAGCAACAGCAGUAAGGACCGCUCCGUUCGGUUUUCAGAAGAACAACCAGUGGUUCAUCAUCAGACUCGAGACGGGGAGAAUAAUGAUUUUGUCACGGAAAAAGAACGAGGCUCGUUGUACUACAAUCAACAAGAUUUGCUCCGCAUGAAAGACGAGUGUCAGUUCGCACUCAUGGCCGAUCGCAAGGAUAUCAAGAAAUAUGGUAUUUGUAUGCGUGGUUUGGAACGAAUAGUCGUGACGCGAAGGUAUGCCGAGCAAAGAGAGAACUUCUUUGCCGAUUUCUGGAUACUACAAGGCAAGCUCAAGCAACGCGGAGUCGUUGAGCUAGACGUGUGUCUCUCGGACUACUUGUCUUCAAGAAGCAAAUCAGAUGUCAAGGAGGCAGUCAAGUUGGCCAAACAAGACGAAUCCGCCGCACGAAAAGUAUACAAGGAAGACAAUAUCAAAUGGGAGGACGGUAGCAAAGCCAAGAGAAAAUCGUUGUUGCGAACCUUGGUGCGAGGAUUCCGACCAUUAUCCACGCGAAGUUUGGGUCAUGGCCACAGGGCUCUAGCUGCCUAA